UUAGUGUUUUUGUUUUAUGUUGGACAAUGGGAUUGGAGGGAGAGAGGGGGUGGAGGACACUGAGUGGAGGCCAGUGGAGGGAUUGGCAGAGAGGGGUGGAGGACACACUGAGUGGAGGCCAGUGGAGGGAUUGGCAGAGAGGGGUGGAGGACACUGAGUGGAGGCCAGUGGAGGGAUUGGCAGAGGGGGUAGUGGGGGACAGAGUGGAGGCCAGUGGAGGGAUUGGCAGAGAGGGGUGGAGGACACUGAAUGGAGGCCAGUGAAGGGAUUGGCAGAGAGGGGUGGAGGACACUUAAUGGAGGCCAGUGGAGGGAUUGGCAGAGAGGGGUGGAGGACACUGAGUGGAGGCCAGUGGAGGGAUUGGCAGAGGGGGGUGGAGGACACUGAGUGGAGGCCAGUGGAGGGAUUGGCAGAGAGGGGUGGAGGACACUGAGUUGGAGGCCAGUGGAGGGAUUGGCAGAGAGGGGUGGAGGACACCGAGUGGAGGCCAGUGGAGGGAUUGGCAGAGAGGGGUGGAGGACACUGAGUGGAGGCCAGUGGAGGGAUUGGUAGAGAGGGGUGGAGGACACUGAGUGGAGGCCAGUGG